AUGCGCGCCCUUCGAGUGGCAAACCUCUACCUCUGGUCCAUGGUCCCUGUGAAGGUGCAGUUUCUGCGGCCCGACUUAGCCAAAGCCCCGCUUCGACGGGACCACUUCCUCCAGACAGUGUGGCAAGAUGAGAAGGAGCUGCUCCAGGAGCUGCGGGUCAAGGGCCGGCACUUCAAGAAGUCGCACAAGGCUUCGCCCCACUCCUUCUGCGCGAGCGGCUGGUGGAAGGCGUCAGCCUUGGCGGACUGCAACCACGAACUCCUGCAGAACCUCCGUUUCCUCAAGGGCGAGUUGCCCGCGCUCAGAGAAGAAGGCGGCGUGCCUGACCUGGUGCCCCCGCACGUGUGCCGCCUGAGUGGGCUGCCGGAGGAGCUCGCAGCGCAGCACUUGGCGUGGAGCCACUGUCUGGCGGACGCUGUGCAGUUCCACGUGGGCUGUGCUUACUCCCUGCUCUUUGCCAAGCGGGAUCUGGUAGAGGCAGCGGCGCAUCUCCAGAUCGCCGCGCUGAACUGGCUGGUCUGCGACGGGUGCCGCGUGGACGGCAGCGGCUUCGGCUCUGGCACGGCGGCGCUGGACGACCUGCUCUGGCGCUUCGGGCUGGUGGUGCCCGAGGUGUUGGCGCUACAGGAUGUGCGCUGGGAGCAGGAUCCGGCGCGCUAUGCCUUAGCGGCCACCGCAGCGGCCGCCCCGGCCCCGGCCUUCGCCUGGCGCGGCUCCGACCGCGUGGCCCCGGGCUUCGGGCGGUCCAGGUGCCAGGCGCUGCUGCGGCCCCCGCUCUGCGUGCAGGAGCGUUACCUUGUCCUUGGGGACUUUGCCGCUGACUCUGAGCUGCUCACACGGCCGCUCCCGAGUUGCCACUACGAGCGUCAGAAGCCCACGAGCGUGGGCCUCCGCAUGAAGCCAAUGUCGCUAGAGGAUGCCCGCGCCGCCUUCGCGGGCCGCGCCCCGGGCGCCUGCACCAUGGCCGCGCCAGAGGUUCUGCUGCUGGCGGUGCCGGUUCACCCGCAGAUGACGCAGCACUUCACCUCGGCCAUGAUUUGGUUUCUAGGUGCAUUGGCAUGGUUCCACGGGCCAACGGGGAAGAAGCUGCUGGCGGCGCUGUGGGCAGCUGCCGGCUCGCAUCCUCACCUGGGCACCGCGCCUGCGGGGCUCUUCCCCAACACCACCGAGGUGGUGCUGGUGCCUUCGCCAGGACGCAACUUGGAUCCCAACGAGAUGUUGCUGAAGGAGCUGUUUGGUCUGCUGAGCGAACAGCCAGUGCGCAGUUUGCUGCCCUACGAGGGCUGCCGCUGCUACCGCCGGGGCGCGGUGUGGGGCGUCUUGGAGGCGCCCUUCUCGGGGCCCGGCGACUUGGCGUGGCCCGACUCCUCGGCACUGCGGGCCGUUGUGUCCCAGCGAGCCCACCAAGCUGUCGCCCAAGGGAGGGCCCGGUGGUCAAAGGCGUGGGAAUCGGCAGGUGUGCGGACGCUGCUGGUGGAGCGGUGCAGCCAGGGAGGGUGCCCGAAGCGCAACGUCACCAACUUUCCGCUCCUCACCGCAGCGUUGCGCCGGCAGAAGCAACUGGCGCUAGCACAGAUCCGGCUCCACGAGCUCCCGCUGCUGGAGCAAGUGCAAGUGAUGCUCGAGACGCAGGUGAUGCUGGCUGUGUUUGGGGCAACGCUGGCAUGGAUUCCGCUGAUGCAGCCGGGCUCCUAUGUCAUUGAGUUGCACCCAGGGCCGCCAGAAUCUUUGACGCUGUGGGGCAGCUGCUGGACGCAGCCGUACACCCUCUUUCCCAGCCCAGGGGCCUCACCAGGUGUGGCCUGGGACGUGAACCCGCGCAGCGAGUUCGGGAGCUGGGCCCGGGCGGCACGGGUGCACUACGCCUGCGUGGCCAAGCCUGCCGCCACUAACAGGCGCUGCCUCCGCACGCUCUCGGUGGAGCAGUUCGAGGUGCCCUCCUUCGAGGUGGACGUGGACAUGGCCGCGGGCCUGGCCUUGGACGCCGCGCGCCGGCUGAGUCGGUGA